GCUCCUGGCGGCGGCGGUGGUCUCAUGCGAGUGAGGUACCGGCUCCGGCAAGUGUGGAGUGCUUAUAGACUUUACUUUUGCAGUAGAACAAAUAAACAAGGAUACUUCAACCCUUUUAGUGCAGUGCACUGUCACACAGAUCCAGCCAUGCCUGCAGAAGGGAAAAGUGAUAGGGAGAGGAUUGGCCUCUUCAGUGAAAUGGGUUAUGUUACCGUUGGAGAUAAAUAUGUAUCACAUUAUAUGCGCCCUUUUAACGAAGCUGCAAGCAAGAACAGACAGAUGUUACCUGGGGGGAUCAAAACAUUGUCAGCUCUGCAGGCAGGUUAUUUUGAGCCUCAGUUUGUGAGGAUUUUCGAUGGUGAAGCCUACUCAAACCCUGUUCAGCUAAGGAGACGCUAUAGAUUGGCAGAAUCAAAGAAAAAUUUGGGCAAAGCUUUCCUUCCCAGUAAUGGAGACAAAUUGCCAUGUGGACUUGGCAGCUAUUAUGGAACCAUAGGAGGUUCGUAUGCAUACUUCAGUCCACAACUGAAAACCAAAGAAAGAUACAUUCCUCCAGGAAAGAAUUUUUAUACUAAUCCAGGAAAGAAAGGAACUGGAUAUGGUUAUGCAAACCUUACCAUAGGUGAACAGUAUCCACAUGAACCUGAUGGGUAUGAGGUAGAAAGAAUAAACGCAAAGAAAGCGCAAGAGGAACAUAAAUGGUUGGUUAAAGGAGGGCCUUUCAAGUUAAAUCUAUAUCCCCAGGGGUAUUUUGACAUGAAUCCCUAUUUUAAUGACAAACCUUUGCCACCUGUGAAGAAACCACCUCCAGAGAAGCCAAUUGCACCGCCUUUCAAACCAAGUUCUCCUGCUAAAAAGUCAGGGGGCAUGAAAGGAGGCACAUUUGAUCCUUACCCAAGCCAUUCCGCUGACCCUUAUGUAAUUAAAAAAUCUAAGGCUGUCACAACUAAUAAAGAACGACAGAUUUUUCAUCCUCCUGCUGGACCAAAAAGCAGACCUGUUAGAAGCAUAAUAACUUUAAAUGUCACAAGGUCAUUAAAUGUAAAGAACUACAAGACUGCACAGCUGACAUCUUAUUAGGUACAAAAGGUGAAAUGAAAAGUAUACUUUUUAGACUCUGUAAACUGCUAACAAAGCAAAU